GCAGAGGUCAAGACCACAGAAUAUCAUGUCGCGCUUAUUUGAUAUGCAAAACGUUUGAGAGACGAUGGCAGCAGAGCAUGAGACACCCGUAUCUUUGUAUUUCAAAAUGACUUCUGCGGUCCAUUUGAGAAAUGAACUGAAAAUAGAAUAUGGGAAAGAUUACGAAGAAACGAAAAAUCGUCUGUUUGCGAUUCUAGGAUGGCUGGGCCGGGCGAACCUCGGAAAUCCGUUUGUGGCAUCGUGUGAUCUCGCCUCGUAUCUCAAGUUCUCCGUUUCAAAAUAUGUGUUACAUUAUGGUCCGAGCAUUUUCAUCAACUACAGCCGCUUUCCAUACAAAGCGGACACUGUCAAUGAAUGGUUUUAUCUUCCUCCUGAAGACGAUUGGCCAGAGCGAGGCGAGGCAGUAAAAGUAAUAAAUGUUGAUAAAUUUGGGCUCGCGCGGAAGUGUUACAGGACACAAAAUCAAGUCGAAAAUGCUUUUCCAGAUUCGCUAGAAGAUGACGAAUUCGAAGUUUUCUUUCACGGUACAUCUCACGAAAGCGCUGAAGAUAUAAUUGAAGGUGGGAUUGACUUGGGGAAAGGUGCAAGAAAGCGGGACUUCAGCGAUGGAGAUGGUUUUUAUCUGAACAAAAAUUUUGAUGAUGCUUUGAGGUGGGCUGGACAUAGAAGCAAGAGUUCUGCAGUGCUCGUAUUUCGACUAAAGAAGACUGAAUUAAGAGGCGAUGAUAACGAGAAAGGCUAUGAUCUUGGAGCGCCAGAUAUGAAGAAAGAAUGGCAAGAAGUGAUUAAGAACUUUAGGAAUGGAACGUUAAAUUCAAAGUACCGCAAAGAAAUGAAUCGCCUGUACCAGUUUAUCGAGGGACCGAUGGCUUCGAUCUCAGAAAAGAAUUCAUCGAGUGUUUCGUAUCCCCGUCAGAAAGAUGAUUCUUAUCAGCUGUGCGUUCGAACGCAAAGCUGCGUCGAGCUCUUUGACCGUGGCCUUCAUUCUGUAGUCUUUUCCGAGAAGUAGGUAAAAAUUGUUGAGUACUUACUCUUAGUGAACCAAACAAUAAAUGAUUCUUGAAAUUUCGAAAUAUGAAACAGCUAGGGUGUUACGAAAUUUUACUCAUGGAAUUUUUAUUCUGUAUUCA